CCCCUUUCCCAGUGAAGGUGGGGAAGGGGGAUCAUCCAUUAAGGCCAUCCAGGGGUGGCGGGGGUAUAUAAAUGCCCCUUUCCCUCACUCUUGCCACAGUCAGAUUUCCUAGCUUCACAACAUAACAGCAUCAUGUGUCGUGUUGUCCUCGCCCUGACGCUGGCCCUCGCCACCCUCGCCUCCGCCCGUAUGGCUUACGUUCUUCCUGCAGAUGCCGAGGUACUCCUGAGGGCGCGCACCCUCCAGACAACCUUCUCCUGCGACAACCGCCCCUACGGUUACUACGCAGACGUCGAUAACAACUGCCAGAUCUUUCACAUCUGUCUCGCCCUCACUGACGACACAGGAAGCCUUCUUGAAACGGCCCACUUCUCCUUCAUUUGUGGCAACCAGACUGUCUUCAACCAGGAGUCCCUCGCUUGCUCACACCCCGAGGACGCUGUACCUUGCGAAGAGGCCGCUACACUCUAUGAUCUCAGCAACUCUGAGUUCGGAGCCAACCCUGAGGAGAGAUAAACACUUUGAAAACAAUCACAAAUAAUGAAGAUAUGCGAUGUACACAAUCUUUGACUGGGACAAGGUGUGUCUCUCAACUGACGAACUUCUGAACCAAGCGAUAAGUUGUCCCAAUAAAAGCUCUUAAGCAACAUGUGUCUUUUCUUCACAAUUAUCGGCAGUAAACCAUUCGAAUCAACCCGUAAAUAAAAACCACGUUUAACCAGUGUGUAACACAAACUAAGUCUGUGACAGUUCAACAUUUAACUAAGAUUAUUUUUUUUUACUUCACCACUACACAAGAUCCAAUGUGUAAACAAAGUACCAUACAUGUUGCUUUCAGCAGAAGUUACCCAACUGUUUUUGUUACCCUCUUCCUGCCCUGACAUUGUUCAUCGAUGUUUUAUACUUGCUGCAAACCAUAUCUUUCAGUUCCCCUUAAGAAGUUAAAAUACACUGAACCAAAAAGCAUUGUUGCCAGAAAUCAUACAUAGAUGAAAAAAUUGUUGGUUCUUGAGUUAAAAAUUUGUUC